AUGUCUGCACGAGCGUGGCAAGUCGGCGGUCUGGCCGUUGCGGGCGGCGUCGGCUACUACUUGUACCAAGCUGGCGGUGACCCCAAGACUGCGCAGAAGAAGGCAGAGGCCGAUGCCAACAAGCUUUCGCACAAGGUCAAGGAUGAACUCCCAGGUCGCGGCAAAGAGGCGAAGAAGGACGCCGAAGCGGCCGCAUCGGACAUCAGCGCCAAAGCGAGGAAUGCGGCCAACGACGCCAAGGCCGAGGCCGACAAGGUUGCUUCCAAGGCCGGCACCAAUCUCAAUGCCGCCGUGGACCAGUUUGACAAGAGCGUGACGGAGGGCGCGAGCAAGGCCAAGAGCGGCAUCUCCAGCUGGCUGGGAGGGAAGUAA